GGCUCUUCCUCCUCACGAUCCCUCCUUCUACCACCCCUCCAUGAAGGGGAAAGGCUAGCAUCCCGGCCUCACAGGAGAGCUGUCGGGCCAAGUUGGUGCCUCGCCAGCACGGCCGGGGAAACAACAAAAAACGAAAUGGAGGACGGAAAGCACCCGCGGAAAAAAAGGCGGGGCCCUCCGACGAGGGGGAAGGGGAAGGAGGAGGCGGAUAAUAUCGGAAAGAGGAGGAGAGAAAGAGGAGGAGGAGGAGGCGCCUCGCCGAAGAGCGGCUCCCCUCUCUCGAGGGCGGGCGGGCAACGGCGAUGGGCGCCGCCGGCGGCAGCGUCAGGGGCACAAAUGGCGUGACGGGCCCCGGGGCUCGGGACCCACCUAAGCUGGGAGGUCACUUUGCGUGCCUCUUGAGAGGGCCAGACAUAAAAUCAGAGUGCGCCCUCCGGGCUGCCAGGGGUUGGCCAUUGGACUGGGGCACCGGGGUGCCCCAGCCACAUGGCACAAAAAACGCGCGCAACACUUAGCACGAAAAGUGCUCGGAAUCUGUCACUGCAAGGAGAGCCCCUUGCACGCGCUCUGUGGCUGCACUCAAAGAUGCGCCGCAAUCUCCCAAUCAGAGCUGCCUAAGACGAAGCCACGACUGGGACAAGGUCGGACCCGGACAAAUCGGGGAUCUCUGAGAUCCGUCCUGUUCCUCUCCCCUGCGCGCCCGGGCCGCUCGCGGCGCCGCCGCCCUGGCCUGCCGCGCGCGCGCGCGUGCGGGCCGCCGCUGCCGCGCUGCCGCGUCGCAGAGACUGGCAGGCGUGGCCGAAGCCGAGGGGGCGGUCGCUCUGUCGCCGCAGAGGCCUCCUGCGCACCUCGCCGACCACCGGCGCGGCAGGGGUGACAGCGGCGCUGCAGUCUGCGUGCCCGCGCAUGAAGUGGCAGACGGCAGAUCAGGACAGCUGCGGCCAGCCUUCCGCGUGAGCAGCGACACUUCCGAACAUGACGAUCGAGAGAGCUUGCAGCAGAGGCAACAGGGCCGCGCGAGGGCCGCCCUCCACGACGCUCACGCGAUGGACAACUCCACCCACGAGCGAUGAUCGGGCAAAUGUGCGGCUCGAUACGUAAUAUGCCGGCGUGCCGUUCCCGCGGGGCACGAGAGUUGGCCAGACUCUUGAAACAGGCAACGUGCCGGCUACGCACAAGCCUCUGACGCAGACCCCGCAAUGCACCGUGCGUUCUGGCGUGAAGCCUGCAGAGGGCAGCAUCCGUGGCAGAGAGACGGCCGAGCUGUCUGCCCGUCACGAGUUCGCUCUUAUGUCCACCCCGUUGGCGGGGGGGUCCAUCCCGGCUCGUUGCCGCACUCGUCCCUGGUUUGAGCUGAGCGUGCUUUCCUUAUUUUCCUUCUUCCCCUCUCCUGAUUGCUGAUGCCUCUGCGUGGGCGCAGUCAAACUGCGCUCGCGCGCCUGGAAGAGGACAUGCACCUGCGGCACGCGGCGCGGACAGGUUCCGGCGCGGAAUGCCACUCGUUGGUGCCCCCAGCCUGGCCUGAAGCGCUUAUGGCGGAGGCUGCGACCGGUCCCGAGCUUGAGGGGGCCGAGACCUCUGGGGAAGGGGUCCGACAACGACUCGGGAUCCGCAACAUGCUCGUGCUCCUCCACCUGCACCGCUUUCGGCGCUCCUGUGGCCGGCACGCGCCGGAGAGCCGAUGCCUCCGCGGCAGAGCUGCAAGCGUGGAGGCAGCGUGCGGGUGAGCCCAGCAUGGAGGCGCCGGGCAGCGCCCGCACUGCCAGCCAUUGGCAGGACAGAAGGGCGGGGAGGGAGCAGGAGGGCGACCCUGGGAGAGCUCAGGGGGGCGGGGGAGAGCUUUGCAGCGCGUCGGCGGCUGCAACCAAAAGGAGACGGGACUGCCGAGAGGGCCUGCGGAGGCGCGGGCGGCAACUGGGAUGGCGGAGGGCCCCGCUCGGCCGCAGAGGUGCCGAGAGCGGCCGCAGGCCUGCUUGAGGUGGAUGGCACCUCGAGGCAAGCGCACGAUUUCCAAUGGGGCUAGCAAUUGCGGGCCCACAGAGGUGGAUGGCACCUCAGAAAGUGGACCUCGGCAUGUCUGGGAACACACUGCGCACCGAUCACCUAUAUAAAGG